AUGGACCUGAUCCCAAACUUUUCCAUGGAAACCUGGGUUCUCCUGGGAAUCAGCCUGGUGCUCCUCUAUCUAUAUGGGACCUAUUCACAUGGAUAUUUUAAGAAGCUGGGAAUUCCAGGGCCAACACCUCUGCCCUUUUUGGGAACUUUUCUUAAUUAUCGCCAGGUGAGUGGUUUUGUUAAUUUUGAUGUAGAAUGUUAUAAAAUGUAUGGAAAAACAUGGGGCCUAUAUGAUGGUCGACAGCCUGUUUUGGUUAUUACGGAGCCAAGCAUUAUCAAAACAGUGCUCAUCAAGGAAUGUUAUUCUGCCUUCACUAACAGGCGGAUGUUCCCCAUCAUUAACCAGUAUGGAGAUGUGUUGGUGAAAAACAUGAGACUGGAAUCAGAGAAGGGCAAGUUUAUCAACUUGAAAGACAUCUUUGGGGCCUACAGCAUGGAUGUGAUCACUGCGACAUCAUUUGGAGUGAACAUCGAUUCCCUCAACAACCCACAAGAUCCCUUUGUGGAGAAAGUCAAGAAGCUCUUAAAAUUUGAUUUCUUUGACCCUUUGCUCCUCUCAAUAACUAUUAUUUUGCCAAUUUUGUUGGUUUUAUUCAAAGAAUUGCAUUUGUUUUUGUUUCCAAAGGAUGUCACAAAUUUUUUAAAGAAAGCUAUAAACAGAAUGAAAGAAAGUCGCCUUCAAGAGAAACAACAGCAUCGGGUGGAUUUUCUUCAGCUUAUGAUAAAUUCUCAGAAUUCCAAAGAUGUGGAGUCUCAUAAAGCCCUGUCUGAUCUGGAGCUUGUGGCUCAAUCAAUUAUCUUCAUUUUUGCUGGCUAUGAGACCACUAGCAGUGCUCUUUCUUUCAUUUUGUAUGAACUUGCCACCCAUCCUGAUGCCCAGACCAAACUGCAGCAGGAGAUUGAUGCGGCUUUGCCCAAUAAGUUUCUCCUAAACGGUGUAAUACAGUUCAGUAAGCAGAACAAGGACAGCAUCGAUCCUUAUGUGUACAUGCCCUUUGGAAAUGGACCCCGAAACUGCAUUGGUAUGAGGUUUGCUCUCAUGAACAUGAAACUUGCUCUUGUCAAAGUAAUGCAGAACUUCUCCUUCCAACCUUGUAAGGAAACACAGAUUCCCCUGAAAUUAGCCGAUCAAGGACUUCUUCAACCUGAAAAGCCCAUUAUUCUGAAGGCUGUAUGCAGAGAUGGGACAAUAAGUGGAGCCUGA